ACAUGGCGACUACUUCAGAUCUAUCCAGCGUUCUUUCUGAGUCCUCUGUUCUGAUGACAUUGAUUUUUGCUGUUCUUGUGGUACUGUAUUUGGUGUUUUUAUGUUCAGGUACACGUAAGAAACACAGUACACCUCAAAAUGAAUCACAACAGAAGAUGGGGCGAGAAUAUGAGGGCUUGGUUGCUACACUGGGAAAGGUCAAAACUGAACUGGAAAAACAAAAGACAGAAAUCGAAGAAAAACUUGAGCACGUGGAAGCCAAGAGAGAGAAGAACAAGAGGAUGCUUCAGUCAGUGGAGACACAAAUAAGAGAAGGCAGAGAAAUGACUGAACAAAGAGAACUACUGAGAGAAAAAGAAAAUCUCUUAAAGACUGAGUGGGACUAUGACAAGAUGAAGAAAAUUUAUAGGAGUGAGAUAUGGGACAGAGAUAAACUGCUGGAACUCAUAUAAAACCAGUCUGCUUCAUGUAAAAGAGGGAUUGUUUAAAUCAAUAUAGAUGAGCCACAGUAAAGCACGAGGAGAAAACUCUUUCCCAGUAUAAUGUUUAAUGCACAUGAUCUUGAUAAACCUGGGCUAGAAAUGAUUAUAUAAGACUGAUUUAUCAUGCCAUGCUUACAUUUACAGUUUUACAAAUGAAUGAAAGUGUUCAUCUGAAUCGUGUGGAAAUACGCUGACAUCUUAUCAAAAAGCUAAAUAUAAACUGGGACUGCAAAUGUAAUGGACUAAUCAGUUUUUUUGUGUGUUUUCUGUGUUUGUUCUUUGGCUUCUAUUUUCAGUAAUGCUUAUUAUUUUGCCACACAGUCAAAUAUAUCUUACAAAUUAAACUAACAUGAAAUAUUCCAAGUUUUUGUAGCAUUUUUUCCACUGUUUGGAUUCAUGUUUAAUAUUUGAUUCUCUUUUUUUUCCUUGAAGCAUAGAGAACAAAUAUAAAGAAAACACACUUUUGAAAUGUAAG